GCGUUGGUCCAAAUUUCUGUCCGCCAUGUUGGAUUUGUAGGUGGGAGUUUCGUUUCGUAUUUUGACUUCCCGAAACUGAGAAAGACCACUCUUGUCCAGCAGAAAAGAACGUAUUCCUUCCACCUAGACCACCUUGGGGUGAAAAAGGUACAUGUACAUGUGUAGGCAAUGCCCGUUGCCACCAGGUGUUUUUGGACAUGUGUUAUCCUGAACAGAGACAAGAAGACAACACACUGCCAUCAACUACGUAUACACCAUAGACAAGCAUGGAGAGGCCUGAACAUGAACAGAGAUCCACAGCAGCAGAGGCACUGUUAGACUUGUCCACAUCCUGCAGGGCCCAGGACACCAAGGACAAUGGACAGAACAAGCACACCCAGGCAGCACUGCCUAUGGUGGAGAACUCGCGUGAGCGGCUCCGCCCCUGGCUCAUUACCAUGAUAGACAGCGGCGCGGUCCCCGGCCUGGACUGGCUCAACCAGGAGAAAACCAAGUUCAAGAUUCCAUGGAAGCAUGCUGGGAAACAUGAGUACAACCAGGACAGGGAUUCUCUCCUGUUCAAGGAAUGGGCCAAGUACACGGGGAAGUACCGUGAAGACGUUGACAAACCUGAGCCGGCUGUCUGGAAGACGCGGCUAAGAUGUGCUCUUAACAAACACCCCAAGAUCCACGAGGUUAAGAACGAGAGUCAACCAGAAGACUUCCACAACCCGUAUAAAGUCUACGUGUUUCAGGACAAGACAGAUGAGAAGCUGCCAGUGAAGAAACCGCUUACAUCAGGCCGACUGUUAGGCACCAGUCUGGAGGGCUUCGACACAACAGAGAGUCCUGUCAUCUCUUACAACACAAACCCUACAAAUGAGAGAGUUGGCAGUAAGAGACCAUUGGUCACUGCUGGUCACCUGAUCCUGACCAGUCCAGACUCCACUAGUACCUCCGCUCCAGAGCCCAUCACACAGCGCGCUGUCGCUAUAGUGACCAGGUGGAGAGGCACUCCGGAACCCGAGGACAACGUCAGCGUUGUAAACAAAACAAUCAGGAUUGAGGGACAACAGGAGGCGUCAACAAACACAGCGGGCUUCAUGUGUAGAACAACACAACCGGAGCAAACCUUCAUCAAAAACAACAGUCAACCGACGGGCAACGUCACGUUUGUUACAACAGCACCACAACCCAUGGCUAGCCAGACUUUUGUGAAAAGUAACAGCCAACCAGACUUGUCAGCAGCCACUACUCCUCCCAUCAUGGGGAGAAUGUUCUUUAAAAUCAGACCACCAAACCCCCCUGUACAGCCUCAUAUGAUUGUGGACGUGUCCCCCAACAAGUGUAAGAAAUCAGAAAACGUUUCUCCGAAUCCACCAGUCCCAAUGGACACCAGGCCGAUCAGCAUUGAAAUGCCAGAAGACUUGACUCCUAAGCCUGUUCCUGUCACAGACGAAAGGUUUGUCAAAAGCGAAAAUGUCGAAGACAUGCCCACUGACUUAUCUAUAACCAAGGAACCGAUCCAAGUAAAAACAAAGAGUCUAGAAGAUCUCUUGGCAAGGAGGUCUCCGAAAGUAGAAGAAAAGGAAGAAGUGAAGGUUGAAAAACCGAACAUUGUUCCUGUGUGUGCAACCACACCAAUGGAAAUAGCAGACGUAAAGACAGAAACGCCGCAGAAUACAUCAGAACACAAGGCUAGGUUCACGAUAGGGCGGUGCAUCAAACUGGAGAAACAGGACGUCGGUUCCUCCAACAACUGUGUCCUCACCGACCAGAAGCAGCUAAGUCACGUUACACAGGAGAGACGCGAACUCAUCACCUUUCACGAGGAGCCGUUGGUUCGACAAGAACCGUCGCCGGUAAACGGACAGAAGAUCAACGUGUGCCCGCUUUGCGGCGAUAGGACGGCGAGUGUUCCUGAGUUCGAUGCCCACAUGCGGGCGCAUCAAUGGGAGAAACCAUACAUGUGCGGGGAGUGUGGGUACAGGACAGGCACCAAAACGGCUCUCUCUAAACACAUGAAGGCUCACUUCCCCUCACAAGAAACGUAGCACUGCUGUUUCUACUCAUGUGUAUGUGGAGGUAUGGUGUCAUAGGAUAGCCUUAGUAUCAGCUGUGUGUGUCAUACUAUCCUUUAAUUUGUACUUUCUUCUGAAUUCAUUGUAUUUUGCUUUGUGGGUUAUAUAAUAUGGUAAGUACAAGGCAAGUUUUCAGUU